AACUGCGGGUAAUUCUGAGAGUAUCCGACAGUCAAACUCCCUUCCCAGAGACUAUUAUCCCACUGUUACUAUAGGCACCAUCUCUCCCUACUAAACCACAACCAUAGACCAGUCCAUUGAGCUUUGACACUGUUCAUAUUACAAGCGUUGUUUUGCUGCCUGCACCAUGAAGAGGUGAAUACUGUAUAUGAUAUACUUUCCAUCUUCAGUCACUGCUUUGCAGAGCACAAGCUGCUGCUUAACCCCAGAUAUGGCAUUUAUCUUGGGCUUCUGGAAGUUGUAGUUUAACAGUACAAGGCUAUAGACUGGAUUGUCAUGCUUUAAGCGCUUUAUAUCCAUUCCUUGGGCCCUAAGGUCUGUAGCUAAAUUAUCUUUGUGUCUCAUUUGAUUAGCGUUUUGACCCUUUCUCCCAUAAUAUUCAAUUAGCCAAUUAAUCUCUUUGACUGGUAUUAGUGGCUCCUAACAUGACAGUCUCCACUAUUGGACCCGUUUACCCUGCCCUUUGUACCCCUGUACUCACCCAUGAAUCGUGGCAUAUAUGUACCCCCUAACCUUUUCGGGUCACACAUAAUGCCCUUACUAGAGUCUUAUUAAUAAGUGAAUUCCUGUGCAAAGGUUUUAUAGCAGCUCUUCCCCAGCUGAGCCAACAGAUUUUCUAUAUUUAAUCUUUGGGAGGCAUGGGGAGCCAGCUGUUUGCUUUAAUUACAGUGCUGAUAAUCAGGCAAUGUGCUGCUCUCACCCAGAUACCACAUUAUGCUACAUUAAAGGGCCGCUCUACCCUCACAUUUGUCAGAUGAAUAUUAUGUAGUGCCAAGCUACUUAUGAGUGGCACAUGGUUUUUCUGUCUUUAUAGGGUAUAAGAAAACCAAUGGCCUUCUUGAAAUGAAUAGUGACCUCAUAUUUAGUAGGGCAUGGCCCCUGUACCAUAAUACCACACAUCUUGACCAUCAGGCCACACCCUAUCUUAGGCAAGUCUAAAACUGUAGGUUUGGCAUUAAUACCCUUAUGGAAUCUUUUCCUGGGUCAAGUGGGUUUGGGCCAGCACACCAGGUGACAUCAAGGUAUGUUGUGCCAUCGGAAAUGUAAACAAGGUAACAUAUCCGGGAACAGCCUUUAUCAUCCAACUUUUCCACCCCACUGUUUUUUUCUUCUCUCCCCUGGCAGGUUCCUUCUUGUUCUCAUCUGCCUAAUAUUCAGUGUUCUGUCCACAAUUGAACAUUACUCAGAAUUUGCAACUGGAACCCUCUUUUGGAUGGAGAUUGUGCUGGUUGUAUUUUUUGGUGCUGAAUACCUCGUUCGCCUUUGGUCAGCUGGUUGUCGAAGCAAAUAUGUUGGAUUCAAGGGCCGGAUCCGCUUUGCCCGUAAACCCAUUUCUAUUAUUGAUCUAAUUGUGGUCAUUGCAUCUAUUAUUGUUCUUAGCGUGGGAUCCAAUGGACAAGUCUUCGCAACAUCUGCAAUUAGGGGUAUCCGUUUCCUCCAGAUUCUGCGCAUGUUACAUGUAGAUCGACAAGGAGGAACCUGGAGGCUGCUGGGAUCUGUGGUGUUCAUCCAUCGACAGGAGCUCAUCACGACUCUGUAUAUCGGCUUCCUGGGCCUCAUCUUCUCAUCUUACUUUGUGUACUUGGCGGAGAAGGAUGCUGUCGACGAGGAGGGAAGAACUGGCUUUUCCAGUUACGCUGAUGCCCUCUGGUGGGGAGUGGUAACAGUAACGACUAUCGGAUACGGGGAUAAAGUUCCGCAGACUUGGAUUGGAAAGACCAUUGCAUCAUGUUUCUCUGUAUUUGCCAUCUCUUUCUUUGCUCUGCCAGCGGGGAUUCUGGGAUCUGGUUUUGCUCUCAAAGUGCAGCAGAAGCAGCGGCAGAAGCACUUUAACAGGCAGAUCCCUGCAGCAGCUUCACUCAUACAGACUCUCUGGAGAUGUUACGCUGCUGAGAAAUCCUAUAGCUCCACUGCCACCUGGAAAAUCUACCUGACCCCUCCGGAGCAGAGCAAUAAGACUCCCAUGGCCCCAGCCAGUCCCAGCUCACGGAAACAGAACAGAAGAUGUAAGAAGAAGGGCAAAUCUAUACGUGAGGCAUGUGUCAACCCUAUGAGCCCUGUCCUGGCCCCGCUGUGCCUCUCCCCUAACCUGCGCACCCCACGCAGCCCUCCCCAGGAGAAUGCACUCUCUGUCCCCCACAUCACCUACCAUCAUACCGAGGGGGACAAAGCAGAUGAUGGCUUUCAGGAUCCAACGGGUCUCUCUCCGAUAGGUCGGCCUCGAUCUUGGUCUUCUCUCUCUAUCUGCACGUCAUUCAGCCUAACAUCCCAAGGAAGAGGCCGACCGGGGCAGUCCCUACCGGACAUCUCACGGACAAACAGCUAUACAGAUGAUAUGGACGGAAUGAGUGAGGAGAGUGUACUGCCAUCUGUUACAGAUCUAUCACACACCAUGAGCAGGCUGACAGAUGCUCACAGGAUAGCAGUGAAGGUCACCCGCAGGAUGCAGUACUUUGUAGCCCGCCGAAAAUUUCAGCAAGCUCGGAAACCGUACGACGUCAGGGACGUGAUUGAGCAGUAUUCCCAGGGACACUUGAACAUGAUGGUACGGAUUAAAGAGCUUCAGAGAAGGCUGGAUCAUUCAUUGGGCAAACCAGGACUCUUUCUGCCAGAGAAAGGAGUGGAUAAGGGAUACUACACGGUUGGUUCACGGCUUAUGCGCCUGGAGGAAAAGGUGAAUCGGAUGGAUCAUAAACUGGACGAAAUCCUAUGCGUCUUCCGAACUCAACUAGUGUCAGAAGAGGAUCAGGCGCAGUCCUCCCAAUCAUCCUCACCUGCCUCCCACCGACUGCACCCUUCUCCCAGCUCCCCCACCCACAGCCGCAAAUUCUGAGUAACUUGCAAGAAAAAAGGGACUGGUCUUCUGUGUAUCCAGAAGAAGCUAUAGCCAUUGGAGACACCUUCUUUACUAUUUGUUAUGUUACUCUGUAGUCAGUGGGGGACCACUCCCUGUUAAAUGGGAAGACACCAUCUCCAUUGCUUACAUAGUCUGCCUUCUUCAUAUGGACUAUGUAGGACUCAGCUGAAGAGUACACUGCCCAAUAUAGCACAAACACCAAAAUGGAAAACGUAGAAACAGUACCCUAUUUAGCAUGGAGCACUGAAGGCCCAAUCAUUACAACACAAACCCAUUAACAUGUGAGAGCAACUUAUAUGUUAGAGAACCCAACACAUGUCCUGCACUUGACAUGAUCACUUGUAUAUAGGAUUGUGAACCCACUUGCCUUACACUGACCUCAGUUGAACACAACCCCCCCACACUCCAUCCGUACUCCACUCAGUACACAAGGUAUGAGUGAGUUAGAACCCUGAUGUGUGUGUGUGACAUGAUGCGUUCUAGGAGCUGGACAAGUGUGUGUAUGACUGUGAUCUCCCAAAGACCCAUAAUAAGGCAUCAACUUUCAUGAAUGCCGAGUCUGGAGACUGGAACUGUAUGCAAGUCUGAAAUAGAAUAAUGACAUUCCUAAAAUAGGCAUUUGUCAAUGUGUUGUUUUUAUGUAUUGCUGAUAUUUGCUCAAAAGGUGACCAGUGAAUUAUGCGUUGGCAGAUGAAGAAGCAAAAAUGUGGGGUAGGCAGUUCCUCUUCACUUCCUACAGUCCUACCGCCUUUACAAAUGGAAUAACACAAGGUGGCUAUGUCUACAAUGUAUGGCCCCUCUGUCCAUUUGGCCCAUACGGCAAACGGUCAGACACUGUACUGGAUCAACUGGUAUGGGCCACCUUAAGGGUUGCCUAUUAUUAGACGCAACCACUUGUGGAAUCACAUAGGUGAUUUGGGGGGGGGGGGUAUCCCAGCACCUUUGACAGUUGAGAGGCACAAAGGCACCAGGCCAUAACUCUCUGCCUGUCCAAAGUCAUGUGGUACAAAAUGAUUGUGCAAUGCCCAGGGUGGGACAGUCAUUCUGGGCCCCAUGGCUUACAAGUUUUAAGGGGAGGGCAGCUGUGCUGCACUUCCUGGAUCAGAUGGGCCCCUUGAAUCUCUGAAGUAGUAGCAGAAUCCGCCAAAAGGAACCAAAGGGGAUGUGGGCUGGGGCUUGGGGGUCGGGCCCAGAAAAUGUUUUACAGGGCCCUGUGAUUUCUGAUGGCAGCCCUGGCAAUGGACUCUUGCUUUUCAUGAAUGACUGGCACAAUAGAAAGGUGGCCAUAGUGGCUGUAGCCCCCUCCCCCGGUGUACUUUUUCUGUUCAUUGGGCAGGAGGGUGGAGAGGGAGAAUUCCUUUGUUUGCCCAACAAAUUUCAAUGGGGAAGAGACUGAGAAGGAAUUGAUGUAUCGAACAGUCCCUUUUUUAAAGGGGAAUUCCACCCAGAAACUGUAUUUUGCAUAAGAAAAGAAAAAAUUGGAUUUCAAUUACAUUAGGCCAGUGAGAAUGAGGAAUGAAUGGAUAUUGGGUGGGGAGGCCUGAUGACAGAGGGCACCUGGUAAGAACCUGUGAACACUGACCCCCCCCCCCCCCAAGAUCCCUGUUCUGUCCCCCUUACUGACCCUCACACACCUUUUACUGGCGUGGGGAUGAGCUGGGAGCCUGUGGGUGACAAUGGUAGAUCCACCAGUUGGUGUAUAACAGGGACUUAGCUUUGUGGAAGGGGGGGGGGGUCUCUAUAUGUUUAUAGAAACUCUUAUUCCCAAAGUUUACAGGGGCCCUAAAACGAUUUUUCUGUGUGGUCCUGGUUAUGCCUCUGCUGACAAAUUCAGUUAUUUGCAUCUGUUUCAAGUAUGAAAAUGCAUAUUUCCCCCUAAAACCAACAUAUUGUAAAAUAAUGCUGCUAUUUGUUGGAGAAUAAACAUAUUAUGAUGAAAAAA